AAUCGACUGAUAAUAUUGUUUGAGUGACUCAUUGAUAGUGCGAUUGCAUUGACUUUGAGUGACAAUCAAUACAUAGAAUCAAAUAAAGAGUUGUUUUGUCAUAUAAUUAAUGAUUUGUUGUUAUUAUUAGUAAUUGAGUUAAAUAUCAAACAAUAAUGACUUCAUUGUUAGCCAUUCCUCUGAAGCGUUCAUAUGAUGUGGAUUUGGUUAAACCAAUCAAAGAAGUGAUUGAUGGCACAAACUCUCCAAAUGCCGAUGACUUGAAUCAAAUCAAAGAUAAUGUGUUGUCUCUCAACAAAAUGAGAUCCAAUUGUAUCUCUAAGACAUUGGAUGUCAAACACGACGGAUCCCUUGAAAUGCUUGAAAAAUAUUAUGACCAAUUGGUGUCAUUGGAGGCGAAGUGUCCUCACAUCGAGAUAUCAUUCAAAUGGAAGGAUGCCUUUGAAAAGGGCAGUUCAUUCUUCCUUUCUUCCAAUACUCUAACCAUUUCAAGCAUUUCCUACGAAAAAGUUUGUAUUUUGUUUAACAUCGGCGCCAUUCAGAGCCAUUUGGGAGUAAGUCAUGUCAGUGAAGCCAUCAGUAAUGAUAACGCUUUGAAACUAUCGGCCAAAUACUUUGCUUCUGCGGCCGGAGUUUUUCAGGCACUCAAACAUACAGCCAGUUCUGCCGUCGGGUCACAUGAUUUAUCAGUGGAUUUACAGAACGAAGUCUUAAAUAUUUUGCAAAAUUUAAUGUUAGCUCAAAGUCAAGAGACAUUCUUCUUAAAGGCUACUAAUGAUAAUAUGAAAGAAGCGAUUAUUGCAAAGAUUGCCUUUCAAUGUGAAGAGUAUUAUGCAGAUGUGAUGAAACAGAUCCAAGUCGUUAAAUUCAAUGCAGACAAGGAAUGGCUUUCCAUCGUUAGUGUUAAACAAGCGGUCUUUCACGGAAUCGCUGAAUAUUAUCAAUCUAUUGUUAGCCAACAAAAUAAGGAAUUUGGAGAACAAAUAUCGCGUUUACAGAAAGCUAUUGAAUGUUUUAAAGGCGCCGAAAGUCGAGGAGGAGUUCCUUUGAACGCUAUAUUUAGAGAUUAUCUCAACAAAUGUAACAUUGCUUUGGAAGAGGCAAAGAAAGACAAUGAUUUCAUAUAUCACGCGAAAAUACCCGAUUAUAAGUCUCUUCAAACCAUUGGUAGAGCACAGUUAGCUAAACCUGCAGUACUGCCCAACAAAUUUUUCCCCAAUAUUCCCGAUAUGUUCGAGAAAUUAUUACCACUCGGAAUACAACAAGCGGUCAAUAAAUUAGAGCUUAAGAAGCAAGAGGUAGUAAAUACAGAAGUGGCGUCACUUCGGGAAAUGACACAAACAAUGAAUGCAAUUCUUGUUUCACUUAAUCUUCCGGCGGCUAUUGAAGACUCGUCUGGAAGCGAUGUUCCCAAGUCUUUGAUAGACAAAUCAAGUGCAGUAAGAGCUAAGGGAGGCAUUGAAAUGAUCCAAAAAUUGAUAAAUGAAUUGCCAGAACUAUUGCAAAGAAAUAAAGAAAUUUUAGAUGAAAACGAAAGAGCACUUAAUGUUGAAGAAGAGUCAGAUGACAAUUUGAGGACACAGUUUAAGGAACGAUGGACUCGGACUCCAUCGAGUAAAUUGAAUCAGAAUUGGAAGGAACACAUCGCGAAGUAUAGAAGUAUUCUUCAGAAUGCCAUUGAAGCCGAUAAUAAAGUUAAGCAAAAAUUUUCAGCGCAUUACCAAAAAAUGCAAUUACUUUCAUCGGGUUCUCCCAAUACUUUGGCAAAUGCUAUUCCUUCGGGAUCAGGCAGUGGCUCAUCCUUUCAAAAUCAUCCGGUUGUGUCUAAAUUAAAAACUUUGAUGUCAAACGUAGAAGUGAUUAAAAAUGAAAGAGAAGUAUUAGAGUCGGAAAUUAAGAAUAUGACGUUCAAUGACAUGAAGAAUAAGUUCUUAACAGCACUUUCUAGUGAUGGCGCUAUCAAUGAAUUGGCUUUAAGUACUGAAGCAUUGGGUGAGGCCUAUGGACCCAUUCAAAAGCAGAUUCGCGAAAGUAAAGAAAGACAGGAAACCUUAGUUUCAGAUAUUCAGAGUCUUCACAAUGAGUUUAUUCAACUUAAAGGAAGCCAAUCGAGUGCUUCAUCUGAAAGAGAAGCCUUUUUGACUGAAUUAGCCGCCGCUUAUGACGCCUAUAUGGAGUUGUUGUCUAAUCUUGAAGAGGGAACCAAAUUCUAUAAUGAUUUGACACAACUUUUGGUUAAUCUUCAGAACAAAAUUGAAGACUUUUGUUUUGCAAGAAAAGCAGAAAGAGAAGAGCUCUGUAAGGAUCUACAAAAUGAAAUCGUGUCACGACCUAAUCCGCCAACACUUCCAGCACCUGCUUAUCAUUCUGAAGAACAAGCGAGACCUCCACGACCUCCUCCCCCCACAAGCGCACCAACAGCUCCACAAUCUAUGCCCACUCAGCCACCAGUUCUACCUUUCAAUCAACCCCAAGCCUAUAACCCGGCUUCAUAUCAACCACAGCAAUACUAUUAUCCUCCACCGCCACUUCCAUCAGGUUUUAAUCCAUAUGCAGUGCCACAACAACAACAGCCACAACAACAGCAGAUGCCUUAUCCACAGAUGCAAUAUCCGGUACAACCGACAACAUAUGGAUAUCCGCCAAACACUGGUUAUGCCCAAUACCCUUAUCCACCAAAUCAAUGAAUUGAUUAUUAUAUUUAACUGUUUAAUAAUAUUUCUAUUUUGAUAUAAUUCAAUAUUAAUAGUUUAAUUA